GGAAAGCGGAAGUGACGCCAUGACGUCGACGCGCGUCUAGAGAAGGCGGAAGAGAGAAGGAAGUAGAGGCUGAGGGAAGGUUCAGAGAUAAAGAAAGGAGGAAGGAGGACAAAUAGGGGAAAAAGCAGGAGGCGCCAUGAGCCUGAAGUCGGAGCGCCGUGGGAUCCACGUGGACCAGUCGGAGCUGCUCUGCAAGAAAGGCUGCGGCUACUAUGGCAACUCGGCCUGGCAGGGCUACUGCUCCAAAUGCUGGCGGGAGGAGUACCAGAAGGCUCGGCAGAAGCAGAUCCAGGAGGACUGGGAGUUGGCCGAGAGGCUCCAGCGAGAGGAGGAAGCGGCUGCCUAUGGCAGCACUCAGCCCCCGCCGGGUGCCCAGCCCCUCACCUUCUCCAAGUUCGAGGAGAAGAAGACCAACGAAAAGUCCAGGAAGGUCACCACUGUGAAGAAGUUCUUUGGGGCCUCCAGGCCGGGAGCCAAGAAAGCCACCCAGGAAACAACCGGCGCUAAACCAGAAGCAAUUGGGAGCGAGCUCAGUGCGGACACCUUCCUCAGGGACCUAAGGGAGAUAUUCACUCCCCAUUGGGAGCUCUCCUAUCCAGCUGAAGUCCUGGUUGGCAAGCGCAGAGAGGCCCCUGAGGCCAAGGCCGGGAGCCCCUCCAUCAGCCGGCAGGUCAGCCUGGAGACAGACCGGGUCUCCAAGGACUUUGUGGAGUUCCUCAAGCCCUACCAAAAGCCCGGGCAGGAUCUCUACAAGCAGUGCAAGCUCUUCCUGGAACACAUGCACCACAAGCGGGACCUGAGCAUCGAGGAGCAGUCUGAAUAUGCCCAGGACUUCUAUCAAAACGUGGCUGAGAAGCUCCAGACUCGCUGGAAAGUGCCUCCGGAGAAAGUGGAAAAAGCGAUGGACCAAGUGGAGAAGUACGUCAUGACCCGGCUGUAUAAGUAUGUCUUCUGCCCUGAGACCACCGAAGACGAGAAGAAGGACCUGGCUGUCCAGCGAAGGAUCAGGGCUCUGCACUGGGUAACCCCACAAAUGCUGUGUGUCCCUGUCAACGAGGAAAUCCCAGAGGUCUCUGAUGUGGUUGUGAAAGCCAUCACAGACAUCAUUGAGAUGGACUCCAAGCGGGUUCCGCGGGAGAAGCUGUCGUGUGUGACCAGCUGCAGCAAGCACAUCUUCACGGCCAUCCGCACCACCAAGGAAGAGCCGGCCUCGGCUGACGACUUCCUGCCCACCCUCAUCUACAUCGUGCUCAAGGGCAACCCGCCCCGCCUCCAGUCCAACCUCCAGUACAUCACCCGCUUCUGCAACCCCAGCCGCCUCAUGUCCGGGGAGGACGGAUACUACUUCACCAACCUGUGCUGUGCAGUGGCCUUCAUUGAGAAGCUAGACGCGCAGUCCCUGAACCUGAGCCAGGAGGACUUUGACCGCUACAUGUCUGGCCAGGCCUCCUCCUCCUCCUCGCCCCGCCGCCCGGAGCCCCUCUGCCCGGAAGGGAGCCCCCUCCGCCAGGCCCGGCACAACCUGGAGCUGCUGGGCCAGCUGAGCCGGCGACAGGAGCGUGUGGAGCGUGAGGCCCGGCGCCUGGAGCGGGACCUGAUUGAUUGGACGGAGGGGCUGGGCCAGGAGGUGCGCGACCUUGUCCAGCGCUGCCCCCUCGACCUCAAAGGCCCUACCCCGCCAGCUCCCCUGGCCCUGGCCGCCAUCGACUCCGAAAACCUGGAGGACCCCCGCCUUCCGCCCCCCCUCCAGCCCCAGGUUUACGCCGGGUGAGGGGGUCCCGUGAGAUCAUCCAGACCCUCCCUUGCGCAUCUAUCGGUACUGGGUCACCUAUGCCCCUUUUCCCUCUAGAUACAGUCUCCCAAGGGCUUCCAGACUUCCAUUCUGGGCAAUGGGACCCUCUCGUUGGGGCCCCUUGAGGUCAUCUAUCCCCUCCCAAUUACAAAAGCAGAGAGGUCACAUUGCAACUGGGUCCCCUACACUCCUUUUCCCUCUAGAUCCAGUCUCCCAAGGGCUUCCUGGGCUUUGGGUCUUUGCUUGGGGGCUUAUGGGCAAUGAGGCCCUCUCUUUUGGGCCCCUUGAGGUCAUCCAGACCCUCCCUUGUGCAUACUGGGUUCCGUAGACACUUUUCCCCUCAGGUUCAGGGAUGACUCUUUUGGGACUGCCAGAAGUCCAACCAUUCUGUGCAAUGGGCCCCUCUCUCUGGGGCCCCUUGAGGUCAUCUAUCCCCUCCCACUUACAGAUUGCAACUGGGUCCCCUACACUCCUUUCCCCUCGGAUCCAGUCUCCCAAGGGCUUCCCAUGCUUUGGGUCUCUGCUUGGGGGCUUCUGGGCAAUGAGGCCCUCUCUUUGGGGCUCCUUGAGGUCAUCCAGACCCUCCCUUGUGCAUCCAUCUGUACUGGGUUCCCUACACCCCUUUCCCCUUUGAGUGACGGCUCUUUUGAGACUUCAGCUCCCAGAAGUCUAGCCAUUCUGGGCAAUGGGUCCCUUGAGGUCAUCUAUCCCCUCCCAAGUACACAAGCAGGGAGGUCACAUUGCAACUGGGUCCCCUAGACUUCUCUUCCCUCUGUAUUCAGUCUCCCAAGGGCUUCCCAGGCUUUGGGUCUUCCAUUCUGGGCAAUGAGGCCCACUCUUUGGGGCCCCUUGAGGUCAUCUAUCCCCUCCCAAGUACACAAGCAGGGAGGUCACAUCGCAACUAGGCCUCCUACACUCCUUUUCUCUUUGGAUUCAUUCUCCCAUGAGCUUCCCAGGCUUUGGGUCCUUUGGGGACUUCUGUUCUGAGCAAUGAGGCCCUCUCUUUGGGGCCCCUUGAGGCCAUCCACCCCCUCCUUCUUUUGCACACAGAUUGGCACUGCUUUUCCCUCUGGAUUCCUUCCCCCAAGCUUUGGAUUCUUUGGCCUGACAGACAUGAAUUCUGGGAAUUGAAGUCCAAAAAAAAAAAAAACUUUAGCGUUUGGGAUCCAAUUCUCUCUGUCUCGACAUUCAUUCUCCCAAUAGUUUCCCAAACUUUGUUUGUUUUGGGACGCCAUCUCCCAGAAACCUAGUGGGGAAUUCUGGGAGUCAAAGUCCCAAAACAAUCAAAAGUUUGGGAACUAAUUCUCUCUGCGUAACUUUCCCAAACUCAAGGCUGUUUGGUGACUCCAAUUCCCAGAAGCUUGGCCAAGGAUCGGGGAUUCUGGGAAUUGAAGUCCAAACCCUCCCAACUGCUUCCUAUAACUGUUGGACAUCAGUACCCAGAAACUUCGCCAAUUUGGUCCAACAAUCGGGGAUUCUGGGAGUCGGAGUCCAAAUAAUUUCCCAAACUUUCCUAAACUUUGGACUUUUGUUCCCAGAAGCCGAGCCACUUAACAAUCGGGGAUUCUGGGAGUUAGACUCUAAACUCUCUCCCAAAAGUUUCCCAAACUUUCGACUUUUGUUCCUGGAAGCCUAGCCACUUUAGUUUAACAACUGGGGAUUCUGGGAGUUGGAGUCCAAAAGCAGCCAAGUGUCUGAAUGGAUGCCUUCUAGGACUGCGGCUCCCAGAAUCCCCUCCUGGAGCAGGAUGCUGGGAGUUGGAGAUUCAUAAAAAAGGACACAGAAUGGUACUAUUUCCCUUAUGCCUCUCUUUUAUCUCUCUUUCUUGUAAAAUCGAUAUUUAAGCAUUGUAAAUAGUGAAUAUUUUCGGGUGCAUGUUGAGGAAUGAAGGAACAAAACAGUCAGAAGGACUACAUGUCCCAUCACUCAUGUAUUUAACCGUAUUUGAGGAGAUUCAACACUCCGCUUUCCAAUAUUAACCGCUUUUAAUCAAACUUUGUAAGAAAUGCGGUAAUAUUUUUUUUCUUUCCUCCAAAAGGUGAGUUGGAAGGAUGAACAAAGAUGGCCUCUGAGCAUAAACAGAGAGUCAUUUCUGGGCUCCACACUUCUUUUCUCUUGAUUACGGUUGAGGCGCUAAAUCUGGUUUCACUCUCCCCCAAAAAAGAUGUAUUUGCUGCUACUAAAAAUGAAAUAAAACUCUCCUUUGUCUCCGUA